UUUGAUUUUGAUCUUGUUUUUAUUGUUUUUAUUGACAUUUUUAUUGAUAUUUGAUCUUUGUUCUUGUUUUCAGGUUUGCUGGAGUUUGGAGGAGUUUGUCAGAUGGGUGAAAACCGCAGCCGCUCCAGAUCCAGGAGUUCUGCUUUCAUCCAGGCAGCUGUUCAGGACGUCAGGACACAUGAUGGUGAUGGUGAAACCCAGACCGUGAGCCAAGAGCUUGAUGGAUUUCUCGCACCUCUGCCUUCCCUGUUGGCCAAAUCUGUGUCCACAGAUCAGGGUAACAGGAAGAGGAAGCGGCAGAGCGGCAGCCAGCAAACACCAGAAGAUGAACGUCCGUCCACCUCAUCUAGAAGAGCUCUCAAACGCUCUCGCAGAGACGCGUAUGCAAAGGGCCCACUGCUGGGAGACGGUGGAUUUGGCUCUGUGUUUGCUGGGAUGCGCAGGUCUGAUGGACUGCCAGUAAGUCGUUUUCUCCGCUCUUCAUUCAAACAGCCUUUAGAAAUCCUGAUCUCAGUAAAUGUGAUGUGUGAGGAUCAGGCAGGUGUGAUUUAUUAUGCUUUAUCUGUCUACAGGUCGCCAUCAAGUAUGUGUCUAAAGAGCGGACACAGAGGAGACUGAGAGUUGUGAGUUCAGUGUGAACCUGUUGUUGUGUUUGAUGUUUCAUUGGGUUCUGAAUCCAAUCGUUUGUC